AUGACAGAUAUAAUGAAGGCAACAGAUAUGAUGAAGGCAACAGAUAUGGAAGGCAAUGGAUAUAAUGAAGACGAUAGAUAUAAUGAAGGUGAUAGAUAUAAUAAAGGUGAUGAGGAUAGAUAUAAAGAUAAUUAUAAACAAACUUCUACUAUUAAAAAGCAAUAUUCAAAACAUUCUAAAGUCCAAGGAAUUUAUACUAAUAUCAUAAGCAAUUGUUUAAUAUUAAAUACAAUUGCUAAUGAUUUAAAUAUAGAUAAAAUAGAAAUUUAUUUAGAAAAACAUAAAGCAGUACUUAAAAAUAAAGAAGAAAGUACCACACUAGAGCCGAUUAGUUUUACUUACAUUAAAAAAUUAGCAAAUAAAAUUCAAUGGCCUGAAUUUGUACUCAUAGAUCUAGAAGAUGCAAUAGUUGGUCUAGUAAGUUCGCUAGGCUUUUUAAUAGAGUAUGAAAUAUUUAAAAAUAAAGUUCUUAAAGGAAAUAGGCUAAAAGUUGCAAAGUUAUACUAUGAGUUUCAAUUAUUAGAAGCAGGCCUUUCAGUUGUUGCUCCUUUUUUUGAUCCUAAUUCAGGUGUACCAAAAUCUACAUAUUAUAAAGAAAUUGCUGAACUUUUAAAAGUCAUAAUAAUGCAAAAUUCUACCUCAAUUUAA